CCCUGUACCACCAGAGAGGCCCCAAAAUGAGGGUUAUUUUUUUUUCUCCAGAGGCCUUUUUGCCCCUACAGUCUUGAACAUUGUUGAAAGUUGUAUUUUCUGUGCUUAUUCUAUGAAAAAAGGCAAAUGUGUGUGCAAAUUAACUCCAUUUUUUUUUUUAACCAUUCAGACUAAUUUUCGAAAAUGCCAAGUAGGAAAUUUGCUGAUGGUGAAGUGGUAAGAGGUCGGUGGCCUGGGAGUUCACUGUAUUAUGAAGUAGAAAUUCUAAGCCAUGACAGCAAGUCCCAACUUUACACUGUAAAAUACAAAGAUGGAACAGAACUUGAGUUGAAAGAGAAUGACAUCAAGCCUCUGACGUCCUUCAGGCAGAGGAAAAGUGGCUCCACUUCCAGUUCUCCCGCAAGACGCCGAGGGAGCCGGUCACGGUCCCGCUCCAGAUCCCCAGGCCGGCCACCACGAAGCUCUCGCAGAGCAGCCUCAGCCUCGGCCUCCAGACGGCCAGAGAUCAAGGAGAUGAGGAAGGAGGUGUUGGAAGUUAAACUGACUCCACUGGUGUUGAAACCAUUUGGAAACAGCAUUAGCAGCCACAAUGGGGAGCCUGAGCACAUAGAGAGGAAUGACAUGCCCCACAGAAACACACAGGAAAAAUUCCAUUUGUCACAAGAAAGUAGUUACAUAUCUACACAGUACAGCCUUCGUCCGAGAAGAGAGGAGAUCAAAUUAAAAGACAUUGAUUUUAAGGAAGAAAAGGCUGUUACUAAAGGACCUACGUCGCUGAGAACCUUUGAAGUGCCAUCCACACAGAAGAAAGAUUUGGAGUUCGGAGGAGUACCUGGUGUGUCUCUCAUCAUGCUUGGCCUGCCUGUCUUCCUCUUCCUGUUGCUGUUGAUGUGUCAGCAGAGGGAUCCCAGUCUUCUGAAUUUCCCGCCUCCCUUGCCAGCUUUGUCUGGCUUAUGGGAAACCAGAGUUUUUGGAGUUUACCUACUCUGGUUUUUCCUUCAGUCUCUGCUUUAUUUACUGCCAAUAGGGAAGGUUGUGGAAGGGACACCUCUCGCUGACGGAAGAAGACUCAAGUAUAGAUUAAAUGGUUUCUAUGCCUUCAUCCUGACGUCUGCAGGGGUUGGAGCGUCGCUUUUCUGGGGCCUGGACCUGAGUUACGUGCACAGUCAUUUCCUGCAGCUGGCGCUCGCAGCCACUGCUUUUGCUGUGGUGCUGAGUGUUUACCUGUACACCCGGGCUUUGGCAGCGCGCCGGGACGAGCUGUCGCCCGCGAGCUCUGGAAAUGCCAUCUAUGAUUUCUUCAUUGGCCGUGAAUUAAAUCCUCGGAUUGGUAAUUUUGAUCUCAAAUAUUUUUGUGAAUUGCGCCCCGGAUUGAUUGGAUGGGUGGUUAUUAACCUGGUGAUGCUUUUGACUGAGAUGAAAGUAUAUAAUCGUGCCGUCCCAUCCUUAGCAAUGAUUUUGGUUACCAGUUUCCAGCUUUUAUACGUAGUGGAUGCUCUCUGGAACGAGGAGGCAGUAUUGACAACCAUGGAUAUUAUCCAUGAUGGUUUUGGAUUUAUGCUGGCUUUUGGAGAUUUAGUGUGGGUUCCAUUUAUCUACAGCCUCCAAGCCUUUUACCUAGUCAAGCAUCCAAAUGAAGUGUCUUGGCCCCUGGCUUCUCUGAUUAUUGCUCUGAAACUUUGUGGAUACGUAAUCUUCCGAUGUGCAAAUUCACAGAAAAAUGCGUUCCGGAAAAACCCCACUGAUCCAAAGCUUGCACACUUAAAGACCAUUCAUACUUCAACGGGAAAAAGUCUUCUGGUUUCUGGAUGGUGGGGCUUUGUUCGUCACCCCAAUUACCUGGGCGAUCUCAUCAUGGCUCUGGCGUGGUCUCUCCCGUGUGGCUUUAAUCACAUUCUGCCUUAUUUCUACGUGAUCUACUUCACCAUGUUGCUUGUCCACCGGGAGGCGCGCGACGAGCACAGCUGCCGGAGGAAGUACGGCCUGGCCUGGGACAAGUACUGCCAGCGCGUGCCCUACCGCAUCCUCCCCUACGUGUACUGAGCCGCGCCGGCCUCCGCCCCCUGCGCCAGCAGCCAGAGGGCCCAGGGGACCCACCGUCACCCGCUGACGGGGUCUUCACGUUUUCUUUUCUUUCCGAGUCAGGACUUUAGAGCCAAGUAACACAUCUUUUCGUAGCUGUGCUCAUUUUAUUCAGUCAGACAGUCCACACCAAGGAAGGUCGGUGGGACCUGUAUUCCAGGAGGAAAGUUUUAAUCCUUAAAAACCUGAAAACAGUCUCAUACAUGCACUGAAAAGGAUGCUACUCACGUUUAUGGUUUUUGGUUGCUUCUCAACUACUCGCUUUCUUGCCAGUUGGUUUUUCUUAAAGGAAAACAGUUGCAUUCAGGAUCCACCUACGAUUUAUUGUUUCCCUUUAAAUGUAAUCGUUUACGACUUAUUUGAUUUGGAAGUAAACCUGUGAAAGGGGCUGGGAGAUUGCCAGCAGACACUGUGAGGGCAGCAGCAGUGGCAGUUUGCUUCACCUCAGCUUCCAAAACUGCAUUUAAAAUGUAAAUAUAUAGCUUUUAUGUAAUAUAUGGUGACUUCAGAUUUUUUCUGUACAGUAUUUUGAAUGUGAGAUAAUUAUCAGGACUAAGUAUCUUUCUAGCAAAAACAUUUUCAGUGUUUUCAGUUUUGUAAAGUGAUACAUGUGAAUUGAACAUUUUACAACCAUCAGAAUUCACUUCAUAUUGUAUAAAAGAUGCUGUUUCUAAUCCAAAGUUUGUGAAUCCGGCUUUGCUACCUCAGCUGCACAUGUGUGUUUGCUUUUGCAAACUGCUGCAGAUAGGAAAAAGAGCAUAAAUAUAUAUUUGUAGAGUAACAUCACUAUUUAAACAUUUUUACCCAGAUUGGUGUUUGAAAAUUUGCCGUUACAGGCUCAUAUUUUUGUAUGUUUUUGCCUUUUUUAAUUAAAUCGUGUUUUUGCUACUGUUUUAGCUUGUGCAGUUUUAUACUGUAUUUUGUAUAACCUUUAUAUUUACAAGACUCUUACUUCUUGGAAGUCUAUUCACCUAAAAACAAUUUACUAGUUUAAAAUCUCUUAGUUUAAUAGAAUUGUGUAAGGUAGCUUCCGCCAUUAAAUCCUAGUCAUUUAUGUAGUCUCGAUUGUUCUAUAAAGGAAUAUAGCAAGCUUAACUAAACUUUUGUAUUCAAAGUGAAGUAUACUCUCCCUGUCUUAAACAUAGGGGAAUGCAUACAUACAUUGUAUAUGUGUGGGUUUCUGAUGAUACAUUUUACAUCCAAGCCAUUUAGAUCCGAGUUGCUCUACACUGUGAUUUGAGGUGGACAUGACUUAGUUUCGUUGACGCCGUCCUGGGGCUGGCGUGCACCCGUAGUCUGUAAGACGCUGUUCUGGUGACAUUGUCAGCGUUGCAUGAGUACGGAUGUGCACGGGCAGGGUUUGUCCUGGCGUCAGAAGUGGGGUGCAGGAGUAUUCUGCAAGACCCGCCGGGGAAAUGGGAGGAGGAAGGAGGACAUUCUCUCCCGCAGUGGAAGAGUCUGCUGCCAACACGCCUGCAGUUUCUCACCAUCAGCUAUGACUUGUUUUUAAUUUUUUGACAUGUUUAUUUGAUAAGUUUUAUAAUGAAGUUUUAAGUU